AUGCAUAAUAUUUAUAGAAGUUGGUUGCAGUCUAUCAAUGCCAAAGCACAGUCUAAUUUUACGGUGUAUUUAUUUAGCAAAAGAGAAGAUACAAAAAAUAUUUGCUAUGGUGCUAUUGAAAAAACAUUUGAUUCAUAUCCUGAGGAGUUUGUGCUAAAACAAGAAGCCAAUACAUAUUCAAUUGAUUGUAGAUCACAAGUGAAAUUUAGUCUUAUUGUCCCUAAACAAGAUGUAAUGCAAUACUUCUUCCAAUGGCAGCGAUACAGGAAAUAUUGGUGGAGUUCUAUCACAACUACACCAAGCUUAUUUGCAAUCAAUGAUAUGAAAUAUGAAGCCACUACAGUGGAUACACAAAUAACUGCUAAUUAUAACUGUGGCCAAAAGACUGUAGAAUGCCUAUCCCUUCAUAAAAAUAAAGAUUCUGAACUGACAGCCACAUUAACAUGUAGUAUGUCUUUGGAAAUAGCACUAUUGUCUUUAUUGCUUGAUGCAUCUUUAAAUCGGAAUUCAGACCAUUAUCUUCGGUUGCACAACAAGAUGGCCCCAUAUAAAAUUUCAAUAGCAGUAAACAGUACAGAUGCAGAAAAGUGUAACAACUUAAAAGAACUAGCAAUGCUAUUGGAAAGCAAACUAAAAUUAGUAGGGAUAAAAUCAUGCUUACCUGAUUUUGAGCUGUCAUUAAACCAACAGAUAGCAGAAAAGUUGAAGAUUGGUGUUCCAUAUACAGCUAUUUUAAACAAUGAAACUCUUAUAAAUGGAAUUUUUCAUUUACUUAACAGCAGUACAAUGUUAAAGGAACAAGUACAUAUAGCAGAUUUUGUGAAAUAUGCACAACUACUAUGUAGUUCUGGUUAA